UGUGUUAUUAGGACAGUGAGUUUAAUGAACUGUGUGCGUGCGAAAAUUGUCUAAAAAUAUUUUUGACUAACGCGCGAGUGUAAGCUCAAUUUCCUGCCGGGUCAAACAAAGUUGUUUGUUUCGCGUAUACCGGUCUGGGAAUCACACAUUUGGUUAAAAAUGACCAGAGGUCCUACUAUAGUGCGUGUGGCGCCGAAUUCUGGUCGUGGUAUUAAAUGUUGUUGUUGUAGAUGCUGUGAAUGCAUAAAUUUUGGCUAUUUGACGUCACAACAUGGAUUAAUUAAAUUAACGGAAGCUUUAUUGGGCUCCCUGUGCCAGAGUCUUCUCGUGAAGUAUGGUCUAUCGGAAGCCAGCAGCAUGGGCUCUGCUUUCCACGGAUUCCUUACUACUGCAUCAGCCUGUCUCCUUACAACAUCAUUACUCAUAGCUUGUUAUGUUCUCUCAUCAAAUUCACAGAGCUUAAUACGCCAGUCAAUAUUCGAGUGCGUAUUUAACUCGGUAGCAUGUUUCAUGUACCUGUCGGCGUCAUCGUACAUGGGCGUUGCCGUAAACAUAUAUCUUUACCCACGCUAUGCUAUUGUGAAUAUGUACGCCGCAUAUCCCGCUAUGACUGCCGUAUAUUAUAUUGGAGUUGUGGUGGGCAUCGUUCAUGGAGUAGACGCUUAUAUAUCCUAUAAGUAUUACAAGGGAAUUAGAUAAAUGUUUUAGAAAGAUAUGAAAUUCUUACUAGAUAAUAAUGACUACGACUUAUUUAUAUAAUAUAUCAAUAAUUAUUUUAAGCAAACCGUGCUGAACUGUUUUAUCGAAUGUUAGGUAUGUUAUAAGUCAAUUAGAUUUACACGAGAUUGCAGUUUGAGGAAUAAAUAUUAAACCACAAAUUUCUCUGUAAAGUUUGUAAAAAAAUGUAUCGGAAUUACAUUAGCGCACACUUGGUCACAUGACUUUUCCGGACCAAGGACGACGACUGAGUGCCGUGCGUCACUGGUCCGGAUAGACGAGCUCUUGCACGUUGUAUAUGAACGGAAAUAUUUUUCUGUAAGAUAUUUGUAAAAUACUUGUUCACCAACCACCACCAUUAAUCUGAAGUUGAGUAGUCAAUUCCCGGCUGUACCUGAUUUUUGGAUACAUGCCUUUGAUCCAAAAAGUUGAUGACACAUGUGUCAGGCACAGAGUGUUGAUAUACCCUACUUGCCUACUAGAAAAGGAAACAGAUACAGAAAAUAUAUAUAAGGUGGUUUCACCACUGUUUUUUUAAAGGGGAAAUACCGAGACAAUUUGUAUACCUACAAAAAAAUGACGACGGGCAAUCGACAUGAUUAAUUAGACAGAAGUCUAAAGUUUUAUAAUUCAACACAUACAAAGUCAGAUGCACAAUUAGGUAAAGAUAGCCCUUUUAAUUUAUGUUGUAACAAACGAAAAAAAUAUUUUUAGCUUAGCGACGUCUAGUGUUCCAGAAGGAAAAGAAAUGAUAUGUCAAAUUAUGUCUUAGCUUUUGAUAAAUAAUGAAACAAGUAUUAAAGUAUUUUUCUGCAAGAAUUUUUAUUUA